ACUAGUCCCCCACUAGCUGCAGGGAAGGGACAAACCAGCAGAGUUAGCAGGGUCUGGGGUGCAGAGUGGAGACCUCAGCAGUCAGGCAAACACACGCUGGGGGUCUGUAUGGGGGAUACAAAGGAUCUUUGUUCUCUCACUGUAGAUGUGGCCAGUAACAAUCGUGUGCUGAGAUAUGGGCAGAAAGGUAGCCAACUGGGGCAGUUUGACAGUCCUAUAGAUGUAGCAGUCAGGGGGGACAGGCUGUAUGUGGCUGAUACUUGGAACGAUCGUGUUCAGAAAUUUUCCCCAUCAGGAGAACUGCUGCACAAAUUCCCUCUGGGUGAAUAUUGCACACGCCCCUAUGGCCUGGCAGUGCAGAGGGAUGGGAGGGUUGUUGUAGCUGAUCGAGACAAACACAGCAUCUUCCUGUUUGAGGCAGAUGGGACACUGGUGAAACAGGUGGGAGGGAAGGGGAAGGGGGAGGGACAGUUUGAUGAGCCAUUUUUUGUCUGUGUGGAUAAAGAAGACAACAUCAUUGUGACAGAUUAUGGCAACAGCCGUGUUCAGGUGUUUGACAGGAACCUGAACUAUAAACACAAGUUUGGUCAGAAGGGCAGACAGCCACAGGACAUGUUUGGUCCCAUGGGGGUGUCAGCUGACAGCAGGGGGAACAUAGUUCUGGCAAACAUUGGGGGUAUAACUGGUGGCAUUGGGCACAGUGAGAAGCUUCAGGUGUUCCGCCCAGACGGCACCUGGGUGUCCACCAUUAGCAGUGAUGGGGACAAACUGAACGAACCCCACGGGGUGGCUGUGACAGAGGAUGGACAUGUGUUUGUAUCUGAUACUGGGGACCACAGUAUCAGGAAGUACAGAUACAUGUAACAGUGCAGAACAAACCAUGUACAGGAACAGGCUUUCCUUACACAGUUACAGGCUCA